GCGGCGCGCGUCCAGUGGCAUUGCCUUCGCGCGCUCAAUCACUUCCUAUCAUCGACACCUCUAUAUUAUCGAUCUCCUGGACUGGGCUCUAGGCGGGUAGUCCAGUCAGUGUCGGCGGGUAGUCCAGGUGUGGGACUGUGCGUGGUGGACCGGGUGGUAGUGCAUGGGUACUGGACACGAGUGGAGUGAGCGAGCGCGAUGACGGCCGAUAUUGACGUGGAUGCGGGGAAGACGCCCGGCUCGGGUCUGGGCGUGCGGCACGUGAUCACAGCGCUGCUGUUCCUGGGCACCACGUGCGGGUACGCGAGUCGCGUCAGCAUGAGCGUCGCCAUCCUCGCCAUGACUGAAGAGAAUGAACACGGGUUUGAGGUGUUCGACUGGGACCGCUCGCACAAGGACAUGAUCCUGUCGUCGUUCUUCUGGGGCUACGUGGUGCUGCAGGUGCCGGCGGGGCUGGCGGCGGCGCGGCUCGGCGGCAAGACGCCCGCAUUCCUGGCUAUACUGAGCAACGGAGUGCUCAACCUGCUCGUGCCGCUGGCGGCAACCUAUGGCGGGUGGAUCGCGGUGAUCGUGUGCCGCGUGCUGAUGGGCCUCGGGCAGGGGCUGCUGUACCCGAGCCUGCACGGGCUGCUCGGCCGCUGGGCGCCGCGCGCUGAGCGCUCACGGAUGGGCACUAUCGUGUACUGUGGAGCGCAAGUGGGCACAAUAAUCGAGAUGAUGGUGUCCGGGGUCCUCUCCGCCAGCUCAUGGGGCUGGCCCUCUGUGUUCUACACGACGGGCGUGGCGGGCGUGGCGUGGGCCGCGCUGUGGCUGGCCGUGGGCUCCUCCAGCCCCGCCGACAGCCGCUGGAUCUCGGACGAGGAGCGACAGUAUAUUGAGAUGAACUGCGGCGGACAUGAUGAAGAGGAGAGGAAGGGUCUGCGCACUCCGUGGAAGAAGAUCUGGACCUCCCUGCCGUUCCUGUCAGUGGUCCUGGCGCACGCGGGGCAGAGCCUCGGCUUCUGGACGCUGCUCACCGAGAUGCCCACCUACAUGAAGAAUGUCCUCAAUGUUGACAUCAAAAACUCAGCCCUGUACUCUGCUCUGCCGUACAUCGCGAUGUGUCUGCUGAGCUUCGUGUUCAGCUGGCUGGCGGACCUGCUCGUCAACCGCGGCGUGCUCGGCGUCACCGCCUCCCGGAAACUCUUCAACACCAUCGCGUUCUGGGGCCCGGCGCUGGCGCUGCUGGGGCUGUGCUACCUGCCGCGCGAGCACGAGCUGCUGGCCGUCGCGCUGCUCACCGCCACCGUCGGGCUCAACGGCGCGCACUUCGUCGGCUUCCUGAUCUCGCACAUCGACCUGUCGCCGAACUACGCGAGCACGCUGAUGGGCAUCACCAACGGCAUCGGCAACGUGUUCUCCAUCAUGGCGCCGCUCAGCGUCACCCUCGUCGUCAAGGAUGAGACGGACGCGGCGGAGUGGCGCAACGUGUUCUUCAUCUCGAUCGCGUUCUACUUCCUCAGCAACUUGUUCUACAUCAUCUUCAUGGUGGCCGAGGUGCAGCCCUGGAACGAUCCCAACCCCACCAACAACCUCGAAAUUGGAACAAAAAAGAAGGGACUUACGAACGAAACCAGAAGACGACCAAGUAUCGGCGAUAAUCAAUUUAAUUAAUGAAUUAUUUGAGUGUUGUAAUGUGUGUUACGUACCUGCGAAAAUAGUUUAUAUAAAUUACUUUAAUUAUUUAUACGACGCUGUGUACUUUACGAUAAGUGAGUACAAACUCUAAUUUACAAUAAUUAUUUAUACUUAAUUAUUGUCAUUAUUUAUAAUGUUACUAAAUGUUAACAAUUUAUUAUUGUAAGUAAUAAGACUUAUAAGUUAACACAGAAGACGGAUUAUAUUUUUGGAAUGUUAAUCGCCAAACAAAGUGUGUUAAAAGUUAGUUAACUGACGAUAGUCACUUUUCAAUGUCAUACGUUGAGACUGAAAUAUUACAUUAAUUGGUUUAUAAAGACUAUACAUAUACCUAUUUUAUAUGUUACGUGUCGUAUAAAAAUAAUACCUACCUAAAAUUAACAAGCAAAAAUUAUCUUCAAUCUACCAAGCUCUGGAAUGAUUUGUGUUUAAAUUCACAUUCUGACUGCGACAAUCUAAUGAAUGUUAUGAAUACCGCUGCAGGAAUUUCAUUGUUUAAUUCGAAGGUAUGUGUUAGCAAGUUAAUGUCGGAAUUAUUGCUGUGCCCACUACGGCUGUAUAGAAAAUCAAAUUCAAUUUGAUUACGUAAAAUACCUGAAAUACAAACAAACUUAAUUUGAAAUGACAUAACAAAAACAGAUUUUAGAAUGACUAUUUAUUACUAACUAGUCAAUACUAAUUUAAAUAUUGUAAAUAAACUAUUUGUACUAGUAAUUUAUUAUUCGUAAGACACCAAAGACGAAAUAUAUUCGUUGUGAUGCAAAUUGUAUAGGUAGCGUACCUACCAACUAUGUUUUUACUUAAUAAAAAUAUGUUAAGUUAUAA